CUAAUAUCUAUAUCUUUCUAUGUCUUUGGCAUCCGAGAAACAGACAAACAAAUGCCUUGCGAUCUUCCUCCCUUCGGCCUCUCACGGCUCAGAGAAGCGGCCGCCCACAACCCUUCCCUUCCAUCACUCUUCCCCGACUGGCCGCUCGGCGCCCAGCGUGCAGGAAGCGUAAGAGGAAAAUAGCUGGUCAGCGAGUGGCCAGAUAAGCUGUGCUGACAGUCAGAAGCACCUCGCGCCCGCCAGUGAUGUUCUUUUAUGUUAUUUUGAUCUUGUCAGCGGCCUCAGUCCUCGUGAGUGACCGAAACCCAACGCCUCAUCUCAGUGUUUAAUGCUGCCUCUCAGAUCUCUUCACUUCAAUUGAUUGUCAUUGGCAUUGUCUCCUUUUUCUAAUGUUCGUUCCAUUGAAGUGUCGCGCACGUGUUUUAUGUAAUAUAGGGCUGUCGUUGACGUCGUCUGUGAACACGGUUGGAUAUGUUUUACUCUUGUCGAAUGAUUUGCAGCUGUGCAGCUGCUCAGCUGCGUGGACACUGGGCGCGGGUCCGUCUGUCAGGGUACAGCUGGUGCAGGCGGCCGCGGGGCAGCAGCGCCGCAUUGCCCUGCAGCCUCCCGCGCCGGGUCCUCCGCUGCACCUCGUUAUGUCGGCCCCGAUCGGGAGUCAGAGCUGCUCGGGCAUGGCUGGGUGCGCUGGGUUCGGCUGGGUAUGUCGAGUCUAUGAGGAUAAACUGGAUAUGGGCGGGUGUGCCGGGUCGAGGCAGAGGUGGCGGGCGGGCAUUGUUAGCGCGGGGAGGCGAGGGUCGGGGCGGCCCCCUGCCCGCCCGUCACGCCCAUUACCGGGUCACCUGCCCACCCCGGGAGGGCGGGACGUGGGUGGUCCUCGUCACCUCGACACAACUUGUACCGAUGAAGAUUUCCAGCUGUCGAUCUUCAUUUGAAUAAAGCGGCGUUGGGGGGCGGGGGCGAGGACGUCCCCCACGCGCCGGCCCGCUCGCCGCCCCGCCCCCGCCUGCCCCUCGCCGCCGCCGCGCCAGACUCUGGGCCCUACGCCGGGGCUUGUCAAGGACUAAAUUGGCAUGUCGAAUCUGCUGCCCUGGUGCCCCCCAGUGCCUGGGUCCAGGUGGCCCUCCCACAAUGCUUCGUGCCCUCUUUAGGAUGAAAAGCGCAUUCCGCUCCAGCGGCCGGCCAACGGGGCGGCGCGGCACCCACUGUAAGGCAGAUACGUGCUGUAUAUCAUUUCGGCUCACGGCCGCCUCCGCGCCAGACGUGCCCGCGACGCUUUGCUUGCUUCAGCUGUAAUUCAGGCUGGAAGAAGGCGUGUAAUCGCGUGUUUCUCCUGACAGGCAUACGACACUGACGCGGCUCGCCCCGCUCCGUGAUUGUGUGUAUGUUUAAAGACCCCCUCGUGAAGAGGGGGCGCUGCGGCCUGGCUCCGCCUCCCGCGCCGCCGCACCCAAUCAGCGCACGCUGCCCGCACAUCAAACGACCGCCGCCGCCAGAGCCUCGCCGACCGCCAGUCUAGAUGCGUUUCGAGUUUUGAGUUAAUGUUGGUGUUUACAUGAAGUUUAGCGCUGCAGUUCUCUUUACACAUUUUCGUAGUCUGUUGUUGAAAAUCACUAGUCGUGGCCCUGGCAGCGGCGGCGCGGCUUCCGUCAGUGUUGGCUCUCGUCGAGUGUGUCGGAGCCUCGCACUCAGGGCUGUCUCCUGCGCGGCUCCUCCGUGAACAAACCAGCUUCCGGAUUCCUGCGCCCCUUGGGAGCCUGUCCUGCAGCAGGUGCGGCGCCCGGGAGGAGUGUCUCUUCGCUCAGCGGGUGAGGGGCGGCGGGGGAGCCAUCGACGCCGACGCUGCCAUACGUGCCUCCGCUACUGCUGCCCCCUGCGGCUGCUCCACUACCUCCUGCUGUGGCUUCAUUUAGUGCCCGGUUACCCGUCCCACACACCCUCCGACGCCUUGUUUUCUCCGCUCAAAAAGAAAAAAAAGAUUACUCCCGUCGGGUGCCGCCUAGAAGCAUCAUUCUCCGCGUAACGACCGGGAUGCGGGAGGAAUUUACCCUCAGGAAGUGCGAAGAUUAAUUAGUGGUAAUUACCGCGAGGGGCAGGUGUUGUGUCCGGGCAGUGAUGCUGGCCGCCCGCCCGCCAGGCAGCCGUCAAUCACGAGGAGGCGAACCGAACGUCAGCGACUCAGGAAAACACACGUGAUGGGAAAGGACACAUCCAUCAGGGCCAGUCUAGAUUCCCUGCCGCCAGCGAGUCAUCCGAGAAAGAGAAAGCGAUAAAAAGACACUUUCCCUAAUGUGUCACUAUGUCAUGAAGCCGCGCCUCUAUUAGCGUCCGUCCUCAGUCUCCGUCCACAGCCGUGCCGCCGCCGCUGCCGCUGCCAUCCAGAAACUACACUCGUGCCUUUCCCUGGACUCCUGGGAAGCAAUACGUUUUUAUAUGCUUAAGAACUCUGAAUUGAAUUCAUCUACGUCCGGAAGUUUAAAUGGACAAUAUAUUUCAAGGAUUUACGGUAAACACAUCCUGGCCGGGUGGACGCAACUACAAAGGUGCCGCGCCGAGUUUUUCACCGCCCGAAGAUAACUGCCGCCGGUGUGACAUCCUCCGCCCCGCCGUUCAAGGCUAGUGUGCCGGCGGCCGCGCGGCGCGAACUGUCCCAUCAUCCAGUGACCGCCCAAGGAUCUAAAACACCCAGCAAGCGCCAGGAAGCUAUCCAUUCUCGAGCGUCCUUAGACUGAAGGAGCAUCAGCAUUCCGUCCACUGAAGACCUACCCUUGCCAGCCUCCAGAAGGUGGUGCCGCCGGUCCUCCGCCGCAGGUGGUGCGGGACCAGGCGCUUGCAGCCUCUUCCUCCUCCAGCAUGGCGGUGUCGGCGGGGGCGCUUGGGCUCCCGCAGAUGAGGCCAAUCUUCUCCGGCUACCCCUUCCAAGGUCAGGGCCGCGUGAACCAGCUGGGCGGCGUGUUCAUCAACGGGCGGCCGCUGCCCAACCACAUCCGCCUCAAGAUCGUGGAGAUGGCGGCGGCCGGCGUGCGGCCCUGCGUCAUCUCGCGGCAGCUGCGUGUGUCCCACGGCUGCGUCUCCAAGAUCCUCAACCGCUACCAGGAGACCGGCUCCAUCCGGCCCGGCGUCAUCGGCGGCUCCAAGCCCAAGGUGACCACGCCGGACAUCGAGAAGCGAAUCGACGACUAUAAGAAGGAGAAUCCGGGCGUCUUCUCCUGGGAAAUCAGGGACAGACUGGUCAAGGAGGGCAUCGUGGACAAGGCGUCGGCGCCCUCCGUCAGCAGCAUCAGCAGGAUCCUGAGGGGCGGCAAGAGGGACGACGACCCGCGCAAAGACCACAGCAUUGACGGCAUCCUCGAUGCUGAGCGGCUCGUGUCGAUCUCUCCUGCAGGGGGCGGCGGCUCCAUCUCCGACAGUGACACCGAGAGUGAGCCAGGCAUCCCCAUCAAGAGGAAGCAGCGGCGCUCGAGAACCACCUUCACGGCGGAGCAGCUUGAGGAGCUGGAGCGAGCCUUCGAGAGGACGCAGUACCCCGACGUGUACACGAGAGAGGAGCUGGCGCAGAGGACCAAGCUGACUGAGGCGCGGGUACAGGUGUGGUUCAGCAACAGGCGGGCCCGCUGGCGGAAGCAGAUGACGGGGCAGGGCAUGGGCGUGACGGCCCUCAACGCCCUCGCCAUGAGCACCACCAGCUACCCCGGCAGCCUCCCGCCCACCCUCCACCCCCCAGCCACGGCCCCCGCGCCCAUCACCUCCUCCACCACCACCGCCUCCACCACCAUGGGCGCCGCCGCACAUCACUACGCCGCCCACGACCACCACCACGCCCACGCCGCCGCCGCCGCCGCCCACCAGGCCCACGGUGAGGCCAGCGCGUGGUCCAGGGCCGCCCUCAUGAAUCAGCAGGUGGCAGCGGCGGCAGCGGGUGGCGGUGGAGGCGGAGGGGUGAGCAGCGGCGGCGGCGGGAUGGCGGAUGGCAGUCUACAGGCCGCCAACCUCCACCAGAGCGGCGCGGCGCAGACCAACCUGCAGAGCCAGAUGAUGUCCAUGCUGUCCACCUCCAACAACGGCCCCUCCGCCAUCUUCCCCCCCGCAGCACACACCUCCCUACUACAGACAGGAGGGUCAGGCGCGGGGGCUGCCGGGCUGCUGGGGGGCCACGCCACCUCCGCCGCGGACUACUCGGCCUCCAACAGCCUCACCACCUCCGCGGGACACCACGCGGAGGCCUCGUGGGGGCCGCUGCACGCCAAGACGGGGGACGCCUGGGGGGCCCACCACCACGCCCACCACAUCCCUUACGACAACUACAGCACCAUGAUGGGCGGCGGAGACAUGCUGAUGGGCAGCCAACACUUCCCCAUGGACAGCAUGAAGACCUUUCACUACCCGACGCAGUACACGGCGGCGGCGGCGGCGGCGAACUUCAACCAACAGCUGCGGCACCACAAGGGGGCGCCGCUCCCUCUCUUCUAAGGGCGCGGGGCUGAGGGGAAAGAAUGUAGGGAAGGGAACAAUUCGUGUUCAGCCUUUAGAAAAUAGUAUUGUUGACAGGCCGUGCUGGAAGCUAAUGAUUCAUUUUUUGUAAGUGUAAAUUGUCAGCAAGAUAGGGUUGUAGGGUUUUUAAUCAUCGUGUAGCCUCAACGUCUUCAUCAUCGUCGUCAGCAUAACAAAGGACAAUGUUCUCCGACUCGAAGCUCUUUAACGAGUACGAUGUCGCAAGACUCUCCGUGCCUCGAACACCUGCAGCUGCUGUGUGACAAUUUAUUGCCACGCCUCUUGAUGCGCUGAAUUGUGCCUUCUUCCCAUACCUGAUACUUACACAUUAAAAAAGAUCGAAGCUUCAAAACAUCUCAAGUGCGUUCGAGGUCUCGAUCCCCUCGAGUCCUUUAUGCUUCUGUCUCUCCAGUCGUCAUCCUCUCCGCCGAGGCAGCAGCCGGGGAUCCGCAGCUCCGGUCCUCCCCUGCCCGGGCUGAGGUCCACAGACUGUGUUCUUCUGGGGACCAUGUAUCAAGUGGGGCUUGGUGUUUGCUGGCUUGGGGGAUGUAGCUCGGCCUGCUGAAAAACUGUCUGUUUCCCAGUCCACUGCACUGGCUGCCACAGGCACCAUCUGGUCAAGGUACUCCCUGGUGAUCGUCCCGAAAAACUGGUAUCUGUUCAGCGUCAAUGUGUUUGUGGCCGGCACUGGCAUCUUCCAGCUGUGCCGCAUUGCCCACUACGAGUGGUCAAAGGCGAAGGCCCUCAAAGAAUCAUAAAGAACAGGAGUGGCUGCUUAUUGAAGGCUCAGCACAGUGUGGUUGAGGGAAAUGUCAUGAGGAGAGAAGGCAAUA